CACCAGUCUGUUCUUCCUUUUCUUUUUUAUGAGGGUCGUAAAACUUGAAGGUUUCAUGAAGGAGGGAUUUUCACCCAGAUUCUUUUUUAAUCACUGGAUUUAGAGUCUGAGCCCCAACUUUUGACUCAUGUCUGUGAUCCUGUGUCCUGGGAAAUAUGAGAGAGGAAUAAAAAGACAGCUUGAAGACCUCUGCCAAAUGUCCUCCAUCUGUCAUCGUGAUAAAGAACUGGUUUCCUCUCUGCUUGGUUUCUCCACCUCUGACUGGGUAUCAAAGACGCCGCUCUUCUCUUUGUCCUCAGUUCACUUCUCUCUGGUCCUGACACAAACACUCGAGUCCUUCAAGUCAAAGCCUGCAGAGAAACAGAAACCAGUCAGAUGUUUGCGUGACAGAGAGAAACAUGCCUGUCAGGUCAUGUGAUCACAGGUGAGUAGCUCUCUCCUGACAGACAGGUCUCUGGUUGUUUAUCUGUUUAUUUGCGGACGAUCAGAAACCAAAACCUGCAGGAUUAAGACAGUGUCGGAAAAUCUGUGUUUGUGUUUGUGAGGGUGUGGAUAUGGGUGAAGCAGAGUUCCUUCUGAGAGAGUCACCCAGAUAUUACUGUCAAUUACGUCCAUAACCUCCUUCUUUUGAGUCACAACACACUGGGGUGUUUUUCCAGGCACGCAAACACACCAAAGAUCAGGACCAGUUUUUCUACAGAGCCGUCUUCAUGACUAAAACGCUGUAAUGAGAAGUUUUUAUGUAUAAUGUUGCUGUAUUUUCAUCAUCUCUUUAAAUUAUUCAUCAGUGUUUCUGGACUCAGGAAAUCUCCACCUGCACAUGUCCUUAUAUGGUGUUCAUGGGCGGAGUUUUAUGCUGAUUGGUGGCUUAUGAGAGUAUGCUGUCACUGUAUAUCGGCAUUCGUAAACUUUAACCAACUUACACGAUCAAAUCAGGGUUUUAUACGGCGUUAAUGAGUCUUGAGUGUUUUUUAGGUGCCAGAGACGUUUUUGCACAUAAAUUGGAAACAUUUUGUGAAUGAGGAAAACCAGCGUUAGCAACAGAACGGCCUCAUGUGUUAUUUAUUAUCCACAACUUAACUUUAGCUCAUAAAUUGGUGUUUGAAUAUUGGUUUAAGUGUACUAAAAUACCCAGGAAUGGCAGAUUGUACACAAAGAAAUGCAUUAUCGUCUCUUUACAUGAAGGAACUGCUCACAGCUGCAGGAAAUUAAAGUGAACUGAGGACUUUCCACGACAGGAAGAUCCAGGAAACCAGAAAUAAGAAGCUUCUUAGUAUUCAGGCGGAAACGUCUCUCUGUUCCUAUUAGGAGGAAGUAAAAAGAAAAGCAUGUUUUGUAUUAUUUCCAUGACUAAGAGUUCGAAUAAAAGAAGUAAUUACUCACACAAAUUUAAAAAUAGAGCUGCAGGUUUUACAGAAACAGCAGAGAGGUCACAGAACAAGUAUCAUUAAAAAAUGACCCCGAAGAAAUCAAAGUAUUUAGGUCAAAAUUAGCUGAACUCAUAAAAAUGGGUUGAAUGGAUAAUUUUACAUGAAGUUUAGUUUCAAAGCACAAAACCGUUCCAGGCAGUACUUCAGUAUAUAGAGAUAUAACCUUCAUUCGGUCAAAAAACAGACAAAAUCUGACUCUUUAUAUCCACAGGGCUCAGGACUUAAAGGUGGGGUAGUCAGGAUCUGAGGAAGUGCCAGUUUUGGGGAGAAAUCAUGAAUGUAAACUCUACUCCUCCCAACCAGUUUUCCCCUCAGCUCCUCCUCUCCCCUCCCUCUCUGCUCCAGCAAGCCCCGCCCACAAACAGACGCUUCUGCUCGCUCGUAUCGUUUCAAUUAAAUUCAGAUAUAAUGCAGAUAAAUACUUCAGAUCAUUACAAAUGGGGCCCAGUCAAGGUGAAAGUAAACAGCACUGGUGCUACUGUAGAUGCCAACAGACGACCAGCAAACACAAUGUUUGCAGGACUUCUACAACUAGGAUAAAGUGACAUAGUCCAGGACCCGAGGUCAACAGAUUAGCGAUGGCGCUACAACACGCUACAGCAGGUCCGUUUGACAAGAAACACUUCUGUUACAGACACUUGUCUUACUUUGUUAAAGCGGUUUACCUGUCCAGCAGAAAGGUUACAGGGUCCAGGAGAUCCCAAAGCGUCCCCCAUCGUUUAUGUUGACCCGGUUUCUUAGCUCUUGUCCGGUCUACCUCUUUUUUAAGCGCCCGUUAUUCCUCCAGAGUCUCCGGUAUUUACUUCGUUUUUGUCCCUGUGUUGGCAGUCGUGGCCAAAGGAGGAUUCAGACAAUUUUCCGAACUUUCUGGUUGGUUUCUACUGUCCGAUAUUGUAGCACGCUAACUUUGUUUGAGCUCCUGAAUGACACAGAAGAGCAGCGUCUGCCUCACAACCAAUCAGGUUGGGGGAGGCGGAGAACGGUUUUGUUUACAGUCAGAAAGAGCGGGCCGCUCAAAUAAUUUAAAAUGUUGACUACACAGACAUAACAAAACAGCAAUAUUGUGAUAUUCCCAAACGUCAUCAAUAACUAAAAGCUAUUGACUAAUAUUGAACGUUUUUUUGUAUUUACACCACAAAAAAGAUGCUUCUUUAACGGAUUCCUGGCUACCCCACCUCUAAGGAGAAGUCAUUUACUCUAGAUCUGUAAUCUGCAGAAAACUUGCACAUUAUUUCUUCAACAGUGAGGCGUGAGGGUGGAUUUAUUCUCCUUAAAGAAAGAAGGAGGAGUAAACACCGGGAACAUGCACUUCUGGAAACAAGACAAGAACAAGGAGAGUUUCAGCAGCUGAUAAAGAAGGUGUGAGCUCAUCCUGAUCGCUUACAGGUGGAUUUGAGGGUCAGGGGUAAAGUUUGAUUCACUUCGAGCAAAAUUAGACUCCCACAUUCAAAACAAGUCCAUCAGUAUCCGCUGUGUGGUUUGGAUUUCAAAGCUGUAUCAGUAUCAGGAACGUUUAAACAUGCUUGUAACAAUCUUUUCAGAGUUUAUGGAUGCCUGUUAUUUCACCUCGGCCUCUGCAACGAACCAAACUGGGAAAAAAUUUCUAUGCAUUACACAAACCAAACCAAAAGGAGGUCCUGGCCCUUAAAGUUCAGCCCUGAAGGUUCUUCUCCCGGCCCUGAUUGUCACGGUCCUCCAAAGCACAAAAUACCGUUUCUCUUCUACGCCACAUGGAGGAAAUAAAAGAGGUAAUUUUGGAUCAAACAAUUUGUUUCAGAUGCAGAGAAAACAGCUGAUUUAACCUCACAGCAUUUUUGUUACAAAGUCUUAACUUUGCUCAGAGAGUACCAGAAAUAAAAUCUUCAUGGUGUGAAAAGCAGAAAGACGUUUUCACUGAACUUAAUAAACUAUAUAUUUAGUGGAGACAGGUUAAGGGUCCAUAACUCAUAUUUGCCCGCAGGCCCCAUUUCAGCAAAAUCCAUCCCUGCCCGUGGGCCUCAUUUACAGAUAUUCAGACCCAGAAGGGAAUUUGCAAAAACAUAAGUCUUCUCUCUGCUCAGACGGAUCAAAAUCAACACCAGGUUUGACUGUAAGACUGGUGAGAAGAUAAAAACAGCGAUGAGACACCUUCUGCUGCGGCGUGAACAUAUAUUUAGUCCAUGUAUGAGUGUGUGUGACCCCACAGAGGCCUGACACUUCCUCUCCUGGCCCCUGGUGCUGCUCGUUAAUCACAGGGUGCCAAGAUGAUCAUUUCUAAGAAAAACAGAGGCGCCAGGAGCGAAAACAAACCGGUGAGAACGUGAAAGGAAAGCCGGGGCGGCGGGGAAUUCAUGAGGGAGAAUGUUAUCGCUGCGACUAAAGGUCAUAUUGUUCACUUCUUCCUGACAGGCACAGAGAGAGAGAAAAGGGAGUGUGAGGCAAUUUGGGAAGAGUGAAGGGAAAGAAGGGAGGGUGAGACUGCAAAAUGGCAAAAAAAGAGAGGGAGAGGGAGGACAGAGAAAGAUUGGAGGGGAGGCAGACAAAACCACAGCGCGGGCCUCAGAGUGAACAAGGACAAACUCUGCACCAAACAGACACACAAACACUUCGGCAUGGACACACAACCACACACACCGAGGCUGCCGAGCCAAAAGUAUGUAAAAAAUCAGAGCCUCGAACUUAGAGACGCCAGAUUCAACAACAACCAGGCUCAUUAUUGUCCUCAAUUUAGGGAUGAGAAUAAAACCAGGGCAGAGCUGCAGUUCCUCUUAAGGCCACUUGGGGCUGCCUCCAUCAGUGAGCCAACCCUCAAAGAGUCCUACAGAAAAAUGUUUACAGCUGAAUUAAAAUGUUUGUGGUCUUUAAUUUCUGUUUUUAUAACUGUUCUAGGAUUGAUGACUCAAUUAAUAAAAUCCGUACAUUAAUAAAUAUAGAGCUAAAAUCUUCAAAAUCUAUGAAUAUCUUGUUUUAGCGCUAAGAAUGACUUGAUUUUUGGACCAAUGUUUGUCCGCCUCCACGACAGACGGUGUAAACACGCCGCCUAUUUAGUUUGUUACUACUUUGCUGUCCCCCAGGUGGCGAAUUAUGACACUAACCAAAACAAUGGACGAACGUGUUAGCAAGACGCUAACCCCCAAUUACCACCACAUCUGGAACAGCUACAAAAAGGCUGUAUCCGACGAUUGUAGCUUAUUGUAACCAUUCAUGUCAAUGUUUUAAUUUCCGUUCCACCGAACUCCGCAGCUGAUCGCAAGAGUUCUAUUUUUCCGGGCGCCGGAGCAUGCCGGAUAAAUUCAGCACAGAUUAACCUGUGCUGGAAAGAAAGUCGGGCACAGACACAAAAUAAAACACUCCAUGUUUCAGGUGGAUCAUCUUUCACACCAUGCAAAUGGGUGGGGACGAACAAGUGAAAGGUCUAUAGACGUCAUUUCACCCCGAAGUCUAGAAGUAGAUUUCCUCCUCUGGAAGGACACAAUCUACUGCUUAUAUGGUUAGCCUAUGUAGCUAAAGACAACUUGUUAUUGUGCGAUUAUUGCGCAAAAUCCCAUGAAUGAAAUCCUGGGUAAUGCAUUGCAUGUCAAUGGAUUAAAACAGACAACUUCCCAGCUCUUCACGAUAUGAUUUAAUGGUGCAUCUGUUUUUGCCCUUUCUAAUUCUGUCUAAGUUUUGUUCCUUUUAACGCAUUUAUGUCAUUCAACUUCACGUUAAAGCCCUUCGUGAAAACUCUUGAGCAUGUGCAGAACACAUAAUCCAAAUUUAAGUCCUACUGAGGCAAAUAAAUGGAGAGGAAAUUAAACCCAAAUGUCCUAUCGGUGUUUAAGUCAGACUUUUAGGAAUUUAAUUUUGUGCCAUUUCAGUUAAACUAACGUGUUUACGUACAUUUUUACAGUCUAGUUUCAGUCAGACUGAUGGGAUAGAUCAUUUGUGAAUGUACUGGAUGUCUUUGCCAUAUUCCCAUGUGUAAAUGAGGGUGUUGUUUUCCUAUAAAAUGUGUUAAUUUGCAUGUGCUCAUAACUUUGUAUAGUAGAGAGUGCUGCCAAAAAAAGAACAUCUAGACUUCUCAAACUGGUCUCCUUCGGUCCAAAAUUUCAAACUUGAGGCCACCAUCACCAACCAGCUAACCAACAGCCCCGUCUUCGUUGUGUCGUCAUCUCUUGGUUCAGUUUUCAGUCUUGCGCUCUGCUGUAAGCGCCUCCAUCCUCCUGAUUUGAAUCAGAUGUAGACUCUGGCUGCAGAGAUCUGCUCCCAUUCAGAUGCGAAGGCUUCGGUGAGGUCCAGCGCUGAUGCUGGAUGAUUAAGUGCUGUUCACAGUCUUGUUUUGGACAGGAUUGUGGUACAGGCUCACUAAAGCUCCUCCGUGGUAAAAAUUUUAAAACCGUUUAGUCAUGCUGCGACAAAGAGAGCAAAACACAAACUGAUUUCAAAGUCGAUCAUCAUUACAUAAUGUAGGACGAGGCGUAGCCCCCCAUUACUGUCCAGUCCCAUGAUUCAAUAUUGUUUUACAUAUUCUGCGUCUUCUUUUCUGGCGGAGAGCAGCAGGCGCCUUUGGCACGGCACUCUCACUCAUCUGGAAGUUUCAGCAGAAAACAUUUAUGCAGCUUUCCAGAACCCUGAAGCCGAGUUUUUAUGAACUAGAUGACAUCUGCAAUACCAUCAAAGUUUGUUUUACUGGAAAAACACUCCUAUAAAUCCAACAUGAAAGGCAUUACCAACACGAUCUGUGUUUAACAGCCAAAACCCACAGGUGGUAAGUGAGAACCUUAGACCAGAUUAUAUAAAAGUGUAACAAAUCCCACAAAUCCAGAGUGUGCUGAGGAUCAUUUCCUCUUAAGACCAAAAGUCUGUGUUACAAUCAGUUUUUAAACUUUUAAGUGUAAUUUUUAAGACGCUUCAGACCAACAGGCUUCUCAAUCAUGAACAAAACUCAAUACAAUCCUUUAUGCAUGAUUAUAAAUUACUCAGGGCUUGACUUAUUUGUCUGACAGGAGGCACUAUGAAGACCCUCCAAAGACUGAGGAGUUUCUAACUCUGAGUAUCUGCUAAUUUGACAGAGAGAUGGAGCUCAGGUCACAGUCGAGCCAUCCCAGAGAGAAAAACUUCAGCAACAGGCUGUUUCUGUGCACAUAUGUAAAUCAGUCCGACAACUCCACAUCCAUCAGUUCAGCUAAGCGUACAAUGGCGCUGACCCGCUGCUUGAACCUGUUCAUCAAAACUUGUGCUGAUAGUAUCCUGCUGCUUCCUUUAAAUUUAUGAUUGCAGGAGCCAAAUUACUUCCUGCGUCUCAUCCUUAAGUGUUCGAGUGUUACGAGACCGACACACAUGCAUAAGAGCCUCCACUCAUCAACCACUAUGACACCAAGGACAUCAUGCUGUGAGAAACCUGAUGGAUGAUCUUAAACCAACCAUAAACCACUUUGUGAAUGAUGCUCUGUGAAAGAAUAAGAGCUUAGUGGAAACUUAGAAAGAUCCCAAAACAGCGAUUAAAACUUGAUGAGGAGGAAAAGCCUGAAAAUGAGGUGAUACUUGCAUUUGUGAGCAGUAACUUGUUUCCCAAAACACCAUUUUGACUCAAUACACUAUAUAUUUACACACAAUAUCCCAACAUAUAAAAGCUGUCCCGAGAGUUCACGCUGGUAUAUCGGUCACAACGGUGUACAGCCAUUAUGUGCAAACCCACCCCCAUGUAAACACGGCGCAGCUUCUGUUUGAAAACCCUGAUGUUCGCUAAGCGCCGCUUUUGUACCAGUCUGUGAACACGUUCUAAUAUGCUUUAAAAACAUCUGUUGUUAUAUGGGCUCUAAUGGGCUAUCUUUGCUGUUUGAGUCAGGCCCCAAGUGGCCACUAAAGGAACUGCAUAUUUUGCACUCUUGCAGGUUGCAGGAUGGGACAUAAUGUUUUCCAUCCUGCAAACAGCAUCCAAUUCAGAGAGCUCAGAGGAAUAGUUUGUUAUUAACUAUCUUGACGACAAAAUUUUGACCGUGUAGCAAAGAAGAGGGGAAAAAAAGCACUAUUAGACCUUAACAUAAAUAAACACACACUCUUACAAAAACACUUGACUGCAAGCACAUCAGACAAGGGAAAACACACACAUGCAGGUUUUAGUAACUGUAUCUGGAGGGGGUCCCUCUCGCUUACUCCCUCUCUGUCAGAAGUGGUUACCCCCUUGAUCGCCCGCUUCUCUUCUUACCCCGAUUCCUGAAAUGAAAUGAAGCAGUAAGCGAGUAGCCUCAACCAAAACACCUCCACACACACACAUGAGAAUGAGGGGGGCCUUCAUAUCAACAGACGAUAACCUAUCACACACUCACACACACAUAUCAACUGACAAAAAACAAGCAGGAGCCAAAAACAGUUUGGAUAUUUGGAAAGUCCCCAAAAUGUUCCUUCUUUCCUUCUUUCCUUAUUUGUCAGGUCUUUGUUUUUUUGAUUUUCCAUUGGCCGGUUCAGUUGUCCCGCCUCCCCCUUCCUGAGGUGUUUGUGUGUGACAUAUUUUGAUGAUAAAGCUCAGCUCUGGGUCCUCUUUCUAAUGGGAGCGAUAAAACUAAUACAAGCCUUGUGUGUGUUGGCGGUGUGUUUACUUUGGCAGCGUCUCUGCUGAGUUGUAGAGGACAGAGAGAUUUAAAUCAUGUUAUUUUUCACUUCUAAUUCUAAUAGGCAAUGGGUCUGUUUUUGUUAAUAAUGUUUUAUUUCCACACACAUUAAAUUAUGCGGACUGUUUACUGUUCACAUACAUACUCCAACCUUACAUAACCUCCCAAAAACCAAACAUUUAAUGGCUUACCUUGUAUGGACCUGAGUCCCCAUUAUUUCGCCCUUAAAAGCACAUUUGUGUUCGAGACAUGAUUAAUGCACAUAUAAAAACACACUCCUAUCUGUGCUAAGCUUGGUGAGCUUCAUAUUUAUUGCCUCAUUAGUUUCGGAGGUUUGGCAGAGUUGGCAUGGAGUGAAAUGACUCGAGCUCAGUCGAAGGUAGAAAAAUUAGACGUGAAAAAGUCAACCUCACAAACUGAUCAUUUAAUGAGGUUGUAAAUGCAGCAGGAAGUAAACAAUGAAAGAUAAGUGAAAAAUAGUCCAUUAAAAUAAUAAAAGUACUUAUGAUUCAUGUCUCAUUGCAUGUCUUAAAAAAUACAAAAUUACUGAUCCAAGUUUAGUGUCUGUAAGCAAUUAGCAGAAAUACACGAACAUGAGACAAUAUCGUCAUCACUCUAUGUCGUAUAUUUUAAUGGACUGAACAUUUAUUCAAAGUUUAUUUUUAUUGGCACUGUAGACUUCAAAGUAAUCCAACAACUUGUCAGAAAUUUAUUUAGUAGGAUAAGCUCCUUAAGAGAAAUCCUCUUGUUUUCGAGGGGGUCCUAAACACUUGAUUAAGUGUCUGUUUUAAGGUGCCCUGCAGUUUCUGUUUUUUGCGCAUCUUUCUUUUUAAGAUAGUAUAAGAAACACUUCUGUUUUAGACACUUGGCUUACUUUGUUAAAGCGGUUUACCUGUCCAGCAGAAAGGUUACAGAGUCACCAAGAUCCCAAAGUGUCCCCCAUCACUGUUGACCCGGCUUUUUAGCUCUUGUCGGGUCUACCUGUUUUUUUAAGCGUCCGUUAUUCCGCCAGAGUCUCCGGUAUUUACUUUGUUUUCUUGCUUGUGUCGGCAGUCGUGGUCAAAGGAGGAUUCAGACAAUUUUCCGAACUUUCUGGUUGGUUUCUACUGUCCGAUAUUGUAGCAGGCUAACUUUGUUUGGGGAACAGCGACUGCCUCACAACCAAUCAGGUUGGAGGAGGUGGAGAAUGGCUUUGUUUACAGUCAGAAAGAGCGGGCCGUUCAAAAAUCUUAAAAUGUUGACUACACAGACAUAACAAAACACAGCGAUAUCGUUAUAUUACCAAAUGUCAUUAAUAACUAAUAGCUAUUGACUGAAAUUAAAGCUAAAAAAAGAUGCUUCUUUAACCGAUUCCUGCCUACCCCACCUUCAAAGGGUCUCCCUCUUGGUACCCUCAUAAGCGUCCCUAUUAUUCAGUCUCCAAACACGCUCUUUCUAACGUUCCCUUCCUCCCACUUCUGUUUCGAAGUGUCUGAGGUUUAUAAUUAGAGAAACCCUCAAACUUUGGGGUAGUGCUCAUGUCAGGCCACCAGCUUUGGUUCAUUACUGUCAUUUUUAGAGAUCUUUUAAGACUCAUGCUUCGAGGAAAUCAUUGAUAACUUGAUAAAUCUUCCACAGUACCCCUGGGAGUUUUGUUUUUGUUUGGAGGUACCCUUUUGUGACUGUUUCAAGUAAUUUUCUCACAUGAUUUUGAUAUUUAACAGCAAACUUUGUUACACAUGGUAAAGUUUAGGAAAGUAAUAACUCCAAACUGAUCUUUGUUUCCAUGUGAUUCAAACUCCGGCCUGAUGAAAGUCCUGCAUUUGACCCUUUUGUAAGUAUGUACUAAUGUGAGAUGAAAAGCAGACGAUUUUUAUCCUGAUUGUGUGGGUUUUGUUUAGAUUUAGUGUUCCUUUUGCAGAAGCACAGCAAAUGAAAAGAGCCUGGUAUAUGUGCAGCAUUUGGUAUAAAUAGAAAAGAGGUGAGGGAUAUAAUAAAACACAGACAGAUAGUUACAUGUGGCAUGAAAUUCACGGUUAAGAACUGACAGAGAGAAACAAAAGAGAGGCUGACAGACACAAAGAGCGUGGGGGAGGAAGAAUGAGGCAGUGGGGAGUGGAAGACAAAGUUUGGAAAGCGACUGAGUAGGGAGGGAGUCGACUUUGCGGGGGAGUCGGUCAGUUUUUCUCCUAGUAUCCCUGUCAGAAGUUGGCCCCCGUUCAGAAACACACUCAGAGUGUGUGUCUGAGCUUGUAUUAAUCACAACGUGGGACUACAAUCCAUUCACAUUCUGGGAUCCUUUCCUGACAAAGAGCUAGUCCACAGGAGAUUUAUUCGAGGGUUGGAGACGGGUUUCUCAGGUUCAGGUUUGGGGGAGUAACAUGACUCAAUGAAGAGUCCCGGCUGAGUGACACAACCAAGUCUGAGAGUGUGUUCUGUCUCUCUCCAGCUGGUACUAAAGAUGCUCUCAUGGCAGAUCAGGACCCUAACAUAGUCUCUGCGCUCUCCAUUGCGUUCAUACACACUCAUACAGUCGUACAGUGUGUUACCCCCAGCAGCCCCUGCAGGCGUGCAGCGUUGGAGAACACUGAAACCUAAGCAGAGAGCAUCUCCCAUGGGGGCGGCCAGGCGUAGGAGCCAGAUUGAGGCCAGAUGUUGCAGAUGCAGAAUGAGCACACAGGACCAGGAUCCAUUUAUAGGUUCAGCCGUCCUAAUGCACAGUUCUACACCGAUGGAAACCAAAGCUGUUCAGAGCGGCAACUUUGCUGCUUUACUGGUCUGUUUGUGUCAGACUAAACUGUCAUUUGGCUUUAGGAUGUGAUCUAAAACUGUUGUGCUGAUGGUGUUGAGGUCUCUCUGUGGAGCGGCAGCUAAAUCAGGACAAAUUAGGAGCACUCUGGGGGUAAAAAUGCCAUAAAUACUUGGACAUUUGUGCAAAAUAAAAAACAAUAUUAGAGAUAUCACAAUAGGAGUGCCACAAGGAUCUUUACUGGGGCUUAAAUCCUUUUCCGGAUCUAUGUAACACAUCAAAUAUUCUUAAGUACAAAGCUUUGGUUCACAUGACUAUAUAUGAAAUCUUACUUUCUCAAACUUCGGUAACCACUUUUGUGCAGCUUUACUAAACGAAAUAAACAAACAAAUAUAUGAAAAAUUCAUGAUACCACCGAGAAUCUUUACGGACUUUAAGUGCAAAAUACUUCUCAUUUUAACCCAAUGAAUGAAUGAGAAGUAAAUGCUAUUGGAUGCUUUAAAUUUCUACCUUUCUUGUAGGAGCUGUUUUGGUUUAUAUUGCAGACUGAGGACAUAAAUUAUGAGCGUUUCCAUUUAAACAUCCCCAUCCCUGACUGAUACAGUAUGACAGAGAGCCAAACUGCUGACUCUGCUGUUCCAAACAUGACGAGUCAGAGGGGUCGUUUCCUGGGAAAAACCCUGUGGCAAACAGAGGUGAUGUGUUAUUGUGUGUCUGGUUUGUCAUAAACAGAAGAAGACUCGGGGAGUAUAAAUUAAAGCUGAUACAGCAGCUAAACAGACAGAAACAAAAAUGAAACUAAGGAUCUGAAAUGAUAAUUUGCCCUUUAAACUCGAACUAAAGCCAAGUUUCGCUCUCUCGAUUAUAACAGUCAAAAUUUGAAACAACAGCGAGAAACCAAAGUCCUAAACUCACGAGUUUGUUGUUUUUUUUGGACGGUAUUAAUCCUCAUUUCAGUAGAAGCGACUUCAAGAGCCAAACAGUCAGAGGAACGAGUAAUGCCGGUUCCUAAAUGCCAUUCAAACUCGUUCGUUAUGUAAGGAGGUAGAUUACCGGAAAAAUUUGAUUGAAGAUGUUAGAUUCUGUCGUUCACUUCUGCUUCUGGGACAUAAGACAACAGUGAAGGAGGCUGCAGCUCCACCAGAUCCAAGACUGUUAUGACCAACACUAAGCAGAUAUUUUUCUACUUUGUUCAGCGGCCAGAGGUUAACUAUGGGGAAUUAAAGCAGAAAACAAAACUUCAGUAACUUUUGUUUAACUUCUCUUCUCUUUCCAGCCCACUUCAUCUGUCAGCUGGUGACACCAACUCUGAGUGAAAUAGAACAUCCUGUCUCUGUUAUAAAGCCUAAUAAAGACAAGAGAGCCAUCAGCUUCCAAACAUCUCAUCAUUCAAACAUCUUCUCCUCAGAUAUCUGCCAAGAGAGAUAAAAACAGACUUCAGCAACAGUAAAUAUGACUUAUGAACGCACAGGUUCUUGCAUUCUGUAUCUUUUGGACAUUUUCCUCACAUACCUCAGCGUGAUAGCUGUAUGGUAGAAGAUGGGAGCUGCUCUCUGGAUGUGAUUGCACUUUGUUUUUUUUUACCAUCUGAAAAUAUUUUGUUUCAACAGCCUGACUUUUUUUUCUGCUACAUGUGGUCUGAGUCAGCGAACAGGAGCAAACAAGAUCUUCAGUUCAAGGACAAAAUUCUCUGAGUUUCUGCUUGUUUUUGCACCUGAAUCAGUCUUCUGCUGUUCAGUGGGAGUUCGGAUUUCAGUUUUUCUCGAGGAGACCCUUAAAAAGUGAGUCCAAUCCAGAUUUGCCUCAUCAGGAGUUGUAUGAAUGUCAAACUAUAGCUGUUGUGCCACUCUGUGCAGGUUUUCCAGCCUCAUAUCUGAUCAUAUUGUGAUGUAAAACGUGUUUUUCUCACGGUAAAGCUCCGUGCAGAGAUCUCCGGCGCAGAUACCCUCGUUAACAAUAACCUAAAAGGCUAUCUGUGUUUUUGCAGCGCAGAAAUGAAACAAUCAUCUCUGCAGGAGAAAUUCAAAGAGGGAAAAAGCUCUUGUUCUGGAGGCCGGCCCCGCCUCCUCCGCCUCCUCCUGCCCGCACAGGACGGGGAGGGUAGAAGUGAAGGAGUCAGCUCUCUGCCAUUGUUCUUGGUCUGGAGGUCUGCAAACGGAGCAGGACGGGACGGCGCUGGUCGGGUACCGGACGGCGGGUCUGUCGUUAUGACGGGCUCCGGUCCGAAGCUCGGGGUGCUGCUGUUAGUGGCGGUCCUGCUGCAGACUGUGGUCGUCACCAUCACCGUGCUGCACUUCACCACGGCUCUCAACUCGGUAAGCAACAAGUAGAAAGUUUGGACUGGGGAGCUGGAGACGCGCGGGGGACUUUACGCAUCACCGCACGGUGCGUAACGCGAGACUGAACGCAGUUAUCAGCAAACUGAACUUUUGGUUAACUUUAGAGACUUGUCUUUAAGUUUUUAGAGACUUCUGUCGCUUAAAGUUUGUUCUGGGAACUUUCUGAACUCGAUUGGGUGUCCUCUGGUUCUGCUGCUGCGCUCCAUGGCACACGUCUAAUCUUGUCUUUUUCUGCACAGUGCACUGCAGGCAAGAGAAAAGUGAUUCUGCACAAUCCAGCUUCAUGCACUGACACACUUUCACAUGCUGGAAAAAAAAGAGGACAAGGAAGUAUUGGCCUCCUGUAACAGAGGUGGACUGCAGCUAUUUUUAUGAUUAGCUGUGAUUAUCAGGACCAGUUUUCACUGAGCUGCCUGAGUGUGUGUGUGAGUGUGUGUGUGUGUGUGUGUGUGUGUGUUGGACUCGCUCUGCUUGUUUUAGUGAAGCCAGAGUCCCUUGGUUACCUGGAUCCAGUCCAGCUCAGCUCUCAGUGUGUGUUUACAGGAGUUAAUCAUUAAAGCUGCAGCAAUAUAUGGGAAGAUGAAACCUAAACAAGGAGAGGGAUGCAUGCCAGGGAAUAAUGUUGACUCAGGAGUCUGUAAUCGAGAUAGUGUUAAAGAUAAAUACUGACGUUCAUGUGAGAAGUUAUUGUCAAGGAUAAAAAUUAAGUUUCGUCCAGGUGGAAACAGAAAGUCAAAGCCGUGAAUACCUCCUCAGGGUGUGAUUGAGGAGAAAUGAAAAGAGAUGUUUCCUCUAAUCGUGUAAUUUUUCUUUGCAGAUGAAGGAGACGUUUGCGAGAAGCAGCGUUUCUUGUCUGACGGGUUCUGACCUGCAGAGCAUCACGGCUGUCCGAGGAGAUCCGUGCUGGCAGGUCACCCAGCAGCUCCACCUGCUCAUAGAAAAGGUAUCAAGCAACCCCAAACACUGACCUCCAUAACCACAACAUUGAGGCUGUAUCCAACAUUACAUCACCGUCACACAGCUCAAAACGACCUCCUCCUAUCAGGAUUUGUCCAUCAGUAUUAAUGACUCAUUGAUUAUUUGGCCAGCUGCUCAGAUUUUUGGCGUUCACAACACGAUUUUCUUCUCCCCGGCCUGCUGUGGAUCAAAAACUCCCCACCCACUGCAGUUUGGAGACAUUACUAAUCCCUCACACUUCAUCUGCAAAAGGCCAAACGAAGCUUUCUUCAUAUUCAAGGGUCUCUUGUUAUCAGAUCUUUUACAGUGGGGAGUUUUACAGUAAGUUCAGAGUCAGUUUCCCUCCCUGGAUGACAGUUCUAUUCAAGAUACUCAAAGCUGUUUAGGAGAUCAUUCACAAAUCAAAUAGUUCAUGUGGAGGUGCAGCGAACAAAUCUGCCUCAUGCUAUUACAAAAGACGGGGUUUAAAAUUUCUGAUUUUCUUGAACGCAUCAGAAAUGAUCGACUCUUACACUGUAAAGUUGUUUUCUUCUCUUCUUGAGGGAAGACCUGACAAAGUCUGACUUUUACCUUUUACAAAAGUUCCACCAUGAUGUUAUUUCAGGAGUUUAAGACGCGUUUAGUACAAAAAAAUAAAAUAAAAACAGUUUUUUGGGGGGGUUUAUGCUGUGUAAUGACUUGCUGGGUUGUCGUAUUAACUUUUUAGGGUGCAGUGUGAGUACAAAGACAAAUUUUGUGAUUUUUUAAGUUAUAGUUUUUGGCUUUGUCACAUAGGACAACUGAAGAAAGACAGAGCAUAUAUGGGGAGUAGAGAGCAGUGGGAGAUAUGCAGCUAGUUGUGGCUUGGAGUUGAACCAACAACCUCUGCAAUAUGUACUACGGCUCCUCUAUGUGGGGCUCUUGAGCCACAAAGCCUCGAAAUAAAGGGUUAAUCUGUAAUCUUGUCCUGAAGCUGUGAAAGUCUUUAGAUUUUGGAUUUUAAAGGUGUCAUUUUAGGGUCAGUCAUCAAUUUCAGGUUAAUUAAAAAUGACUCAGAACUUACAGGUAACAACAGUGGUAUCAUAACUGUGACAAGACAACACCCAAACUUUUUCAUUUCCAACCAACUGACCUCAAAAAACGCUUUCAAAAUGAAAUUGUUGUAUUAGUAAAAAACUUCCGGGUCUCGAAUUAAAUAAAAGUAAAAGAUAUCAGAGAUUAUGAAGGACAUGAAGUAUUCAUAAAGACGUUACUGUGAGGAAAUCUCACAGUCAUUAUUGGUAUUAUCAUCAUGAGGAGAUUCCUGAGCUCUGAACAUGAGCAGUCUGCAGAAAAAUACUGAAAUGAUCCUCAUCAGUGUCUGCAGACGCACAAUGAGCUCCUUCAUAGCUGGAGAUGAGAUGUGAUCCGGAGGUUUAAUCAGAGCAGGAAUGUGUUCACCUGCUCGGCUCUCAGAUUCACACACACACUUAGAGGAAAGUUUUCCUCCUCUACUCGGAGUUUCCUUGUUGCUUUAGGUCCUCCCCCUCCUCUCCAACUCGGCCGCUCUCUCUAACAACACAGGCCGGUAUUUUCUGACUCAGCUGUGUGAUUAAAUUUAGUUCAGAACACAAACAUGAAGCUGGCAGAGUUUGACCCACAACAUGGUUCUGUUUUCUUGACCCGGCGCGCAGGAUGCUGCUCAGUUUACGGUCUCAUGGAGCUCACGUUGGCUUUAGUCAUGAUUGUUCUUCUUUUAUUAGGAGCAUGACGGCUCUGUUUCGGCUACAACGAUCCAAUUUUGUGGACGUAUCAUAUCCAACAAGAGAGGCAUAUCAUCCAAUCGCUGUCUUCUGUAUGGGAAAAAGAUGUGACUAUAUUAUUUCUCUGCUUUUGUGGUCUUAAUUGACAGAUGGGAGGCAGUGGGUAAAGUAGAAAAUAGGGGAGAGAGCGGGUAAUGACAUGCAGGAAAGACGCCACAGGGGGGAAUUGAACCCCGGCCGCUUGAACACAUUGGGUGGGCGUAAACCUAUCCGUGCCCCAGAGUGCAUUACUCUCUAAUUUACCAGCCUUUCCUUUUGAAAUAUGCUCAGUUCUUCAUUCAGUUUGACAUAUUUGCUGCUAAAAGUUUGAUUGUUUGCAAAUGCAGCAACAUCAGGGCCAAGCUAACAGUGGUGCUACAUCAAAAACUGUGAAUCACUGUCAGUCCCACCAUCUGGAAACACUGAAUGUUUUUGUGAAAAUUGAUGACAGUGUGGGGUAAUUUAGACAUAACUCAGUCUGGACUGAAGUUUCGGACUGUUGAGUUGAGUUCUGCUUCAGUUUCAGGUCACAGGAAUCAUCUCAAGAGACAUUUUUUAACAUAAUUCUGCAUCUUAAUCCAUUUUUCACAGUCUAAUUUCAGCUUUGUUGUUGUUAAAGCCGUGAAUUGUUUUCAAAGAUAACUCAUUUAACUCUCUUUCCUCCUCUUACAAAUUAGAUUUAUUCAAGUAUCGACUGCUGUGGGAAAACAUCCCUUUCCACUUAUGCUGUUUUCGUUGCUCACUGAUGCUCGAAGAAUGUCCGUUUUUCAUAUUUUUUCAAUUUAUUAUAACUUUCAGUCAUGAAUCUACUCCAGCGUUGAAAAUUGUUUUCAUCAGUUUGGCAGCUUUUGCAUCUUCUGGGGUCGAGAUAUUGAGCAAAGGAGCGUAAAACAAGAGGAAGGGAGAGGAGAGGAAAGGGUUUGAUUACCAGGAAAAAGAUCUAUUACCAACCUGAACAUGAAGGCGACGACACUUCCUGAUCCUGCAGUCACAGGACCUCAGGGUCAAAGUCUGGCCUUAGGAACCAGCUGAAGGCUCUUCUGUGAAGAAAGUGUUUAUUUGUUGUUCAGUCGGUUUAUUAGAUCAUCAUGAUUUCAGUUAUUCUUUUAUUGGGAGUGGAUUUUGUUGUUGUCUCAUGGGUCCCGUUUCUCUCUGAAAACAUCAUCCUGACUUGAACCCACUUCAUGAAGAUAUUAUAUAAUGAGUAUCACUGCUGAUAGGUUACAAAAUACACUGUAAAUACUUCUUAAAGCUCCUGUGGGGGAUUUUCAUUCAGAAUAAUGUUUCUCACUGUGAUUGUAAAUGCUACAGCCUGUCUCUCCUAAAGCUCAUUCUGUCCCUUGGCUUUUCAGUCACACACAGACAAAAAUACCUGCCUCCUCCUCCUGCUCUCCUCUCUCCUCUUGUGGCUGCUUGAUAGUCUGCAAUGCUACACCCAUGUUCUGCUGUUCAGGAAUAGAGAGGGAGAGUGGUCUUCAAUAAACAUAUACCCACUGAGCCUUGGACGUCUGUUAGACAUCUCAUCUUAGUUAAGACAGAAAUUGGCCCAUUUAUAAUCGGUCCAUAGUUUAGCCAGAAUCUAGAUGAUAGAAUUUAAUCCAUCAAUUAUUAAAUAUUAAAUAAAAAUCAACUGUGAGUUGUAUAAAUGAUGGCCAAAAGUUGCAUUAGAACCUUUUUAACAGUAAUUGAUCGAUGUACCAUGUAGUUUAGUCUAUUAGUCGGCUAAAAAAAACAUUCAUUUUUAGACUGAUUUAACUCAGAUGUCUAAGGACCAUUAGACGUCUAUUAAAUGUCUUUUAGAUUGAAAAAUGCUCGGUGGGUAAAACACAGUUGAGCAACAGCAGACACAUUAUUAGAGUUCUUGACCGUUUGGAGCCAUUAUUUGUUUCUGAAACUAAAAUCCAGUUUAUUGCCCAACAUGAUCCUCUUUAAAUGUUUCCCACAGCAAAGGAACAAACCCAAAGUUACUCACAGUCGUUUGAAUAAACAUUUUUUUGUCUCUCCUGCAGUCGCUGUCUCAGCGUUACCAGAGGCAGAUUUCAUCAGCAGUAAGAGGUAAGAGACCACAUACAGAAUUCCUCAUACUUUUUCUUUAGCAUAAAUUAAGUAAAUAAGAUUUAUACAACUUUAAUUCCAAAGUCAGACUACAUGUGAUAAGCAGGAUUACGGCCCAAUCCAGGACUGUAAACUCCAUCUAUCAGCUCCACGCUGUACCAAACCGAGCUGCUCGGCUUUGACCCCAAACAAAGAAACAUGAAACCGUAGCUGCUGUUUUUGCUAAUUUACAGUUCCUCUUGGUUUGUUUUAGAAAAGACUUCCAUGUUUUUUCUGAUAAAUCUCUUUGGCGGCCGACUAAAGGGGACAGAGUUUGAAUUCAGGGCGCCGAGGGUCUGAAACAAUCUGCUCGAGGAAAGCAGGGCAGCAGAGUCAGUGAUCUCCUCUAAAUCCUCCAUAAAACAAACUUUGAGCUUAAGAGGUUUUUCUCCUCAGUGGAUUUUUUCCAACUGUAUAUUACUUUUGUCUUUUGUGUCUCUGAACUCCGCAUCAGUAUCUGUUUCCUUUUAAACCCUGAUAAUUUUAGGAUUUGUCUCUUUUGUUUUGCUCUCUUUGAAGGACACUUUACGAUAUAAAACUGAAGUGCUCCAUAAAUAAAGAAAAUGAUUUCAACCACAAGAUUUUAGGAGUGGGGUGCAGAUGCAGGAUGUUAACGUUUUGGUUGUGUCUUUUUUCUUUUUUAUGUAAGAUGAAGUGUCGCGUGUGCUGCCCUCAAUUGUGAUGGUUGACAAGGCUUCACCUCGCCCAAAAGUCGCCGCCCAUGUCACCGGCAGCUUCGUGCCCAAACUGGGGCAAGACGGAGGAGGUGAGUCCUGAAAUGAAUUACUUUCACAACCUCUGAGUCAAACAUCUGAAACACAAAGAUUAAUUUUAACUAUUUCUUAAGAACUAAACAGUGCAACUGAAACUGAGAGACAAACAGUUCAGCAGAGGAAUCUCUUAACUUUGGGGCUCCGCAAUGGCAGAAUGGAGAAAUCAUUGGGCUCCAUGCACAGAGGUCCAUGUCCUCGCAGGCUUGGCCCUUUUCCUGAUAAUUCUCCUCUCUUUUCUUUGGGUUUCCCCCCUUUCUACAGUCUGUCUCUAAAGAGGCAUAAAAACUCUAAAUUAAGAGUAUUAGUUUUGGCAAACGCGGCUUGUUUUUGUUUUGGUACCUUCGUCAGUUUUUAAUGAACAUGUCCUUGUUUCAAUCUUUCAUUAGGUCUUACUGUACGGAACAUUCAUCCUUUUAUUCGUUCUGUCUCGGUGGAAAUACUCACCUCCCAUGUUGUUGUUUAUUUUGAAUCUAAUUGUGCGUCUGUUGUUGUGUUUGGCUCAGCUUCGGUCUUCGCUGGGCGUCGGGUCCAGGGCCAGAAGAUUUCGUGGUGGGAGGGCCAGAAGGGGCUGGCCUUCCUGCAGGAUGUCCAGCUGGUGGAUGGGGAGCUGGUGGUGCCACAGCCGGGCCUCUACUACGUCUACGCUCAGACCUACUUUAGACACACCCACUCCCUGGAGGAGGAGGGUGAGGACGGUGAGGAGGCGGAGGACAGAGGGAAACCUCUGCUGCAGUACGUCUACAAAAAGGUAAAGAUGGCAGCAGAGUUGACAAAUCUCUUUGUCCUUUCUCAGGGUCUCAUGUUGUGGUUUUUUCUUGUUUCAUACUGUUUUAUGGUGCUUUAUGUGAGGGUUGGAUUUGUUUUAUUGCACUCACCUCUACUGUGGCAUCCCUGGAGGACCUCUCAUCACGAUGAAAUCCAAAACAAACAUCCCUAAUGGGAAAAUAGAAAGCAGAAAAUGUAUUGAUCAAUUUGCUUCUUUGAUUCACAAUUAUUCCCUAAAUGUCACCUUUAUAGACAUCAACUCUACAUCACUAAGUUUACAUCUACAGUAAUGAUGUUAAAGGAGCAGCACAUUGUGUGGUGUAGAUAUAGUUACACAGAACAAGAAAACAAAUUUGUAUUGAAGUGUGUAAUAGAGAGACAACCAGGGAACAUGUGGAGACAAUAAGAGGACGUGCUCAAACCCGGCCCAAAUGAAAAGAGGACAUGUUUAAAUGGUUUUCUUCUCGCUAAUAGCUUACAUCUACAGAUCUAAAAUAUUGUUUUCCAGUUAUGUGUUUUGGGUGUUUGAGAGGCUGUUAAUUAGUUUGGACAUCAUGUUUCUGUUCAAGAUCCAGAUCCUGAGUUUUGGAUCGUCACAGAUGGGUCACAGAUGUUUGCUUUCAAAGACUUAUAGAGAGAUACCCUCAUGUUUAUUCUGUCUCUCAAAGGCAAACUGAAGGCGCGGGUAGCUAUUUGGAUUUUGAUGUCUAAUAACGCUGUUUUCAUCUAGCAGUGUUGGGUCUUCAGCCUGACCCUCGAUCAGUAACCCCACCUGCAUGAUUUCAGUCAAAGACGGACGCCUCCUGAGUAACUUCACACUAAAUAUCUCUGCAGUUGCAAAAGAAAGUUGUGUUUACGAAACAAAAACUGGUGCUUAUUUUCUAAAUUAUGGUCUUCAUAACACACGGACAAUCAUUACUUCAUCUGAGCUGUGGUUCUUAUUAAAAUGAACAAUAUGAAACAUUUGUAUUGUGAAUAUUGGACUUUCACAGCCAAUAAAACAGAGAACAUUUGGCUACAGACCCUUUUUUUUGUAAAAUGAAAAAUCCCAACCAUCCCUGUAGUUUUUCAGUUUCAUAUUUUCGGUUUUAUGUGGUCCAAAUCGGUGUAAAUUUGUUGCUGUGAGUGAGAACAUGAAACUCUGACAUUGUAAACGUCCAAACAUUUCACACCUGAGCGCUGUAACACUCACCUCUUCUCCUUCUUCCUCUAGGUGAGCUCCUACCCAGUCCCCAUCCUGCUGAUGAAGACGAGCCGAACCUCCUGCUGGUCCCGGGGCUCCCAGUUCUCUCUGCAUUCCGCCCACCAGGGGGGGUUGUUCCCGCUGAGCACCGGCGACCGCCUGUUCGUCACUGUGACCAACGCCUCUGCUGUGGACAUGGACGAGAAAAGCAGCUUCUUUGGGGCGUUUCUCAUCAGUUAGAUGAUCGUAGAUUCUGCCAUUGGAUCAUCGAACCUUUCACCUUUCUAUUUUCAUGACAGAUGAUCUGUUCGGUGAAAUAUCGAGACUCCUCCUGAGGAUGAACCCAAAAUAAUGAAAACUGUGUCUCAAUUGGAAGACGGACUUUCUUGUCUUUGGGAUUGCAGAAUGAAAAACACUGGUCUCAUAGGUGGAGUCGAGCUCAUUCUGUCUGUUUUCAGGGGAUCAAAGUUGGCAGAGACGAACAAAAGAGAUCUGGGUUUUGUCAUGCAAACGUUUGUAUCAGACAAUUUCAGACAUUCAAGAGUUAAAAUUGAAGAAAAAUUUCCAAACUUCACUUUAAACAUAAGAAAACUUUGGUUUGGACCCUGUUUAAUUUGGCCACUGUAAAGGUUCGCCAACCUUGAGGCAAUGUUUGGUCGUUACAAGCUCAGACUGUGAAUAAGGAGAGGAUGUUAUUUUUGUGGGUCUGACGUUUAAUAUUUUACUCUUCUAAAUCUUUAGAGCCAGAUGUGACCAUAUUUGGAAAAGAGGGAGGGGCUAAUACAGAGGGGGUGUUUGCAAAAAUGUUGUAGUUAGCAAAACGUGUUGACUUACGAUGAUUAGUGGCAAGUGUGACAACUGGAAUAUAAGAAAAAAAACGUUUCAUACUUCACGUCUCGUUUCCAAUCAAGUUUGCUCAUUGUUUCAGAAAAUUAGAAACAGGGGAAAAAAAACUUAAGGAGAAGUCGUGUCCUCCUCUUAGAGAAAUCUGUAGUCUUUAUUCGACCAGUGGAGUCGCCUCCUGCUGGCCUUUUAUAUAACUUCAGUUUCAGACCAAAGUAACUUCCACUCCUUAAACCCAGUCUGCAGGAUGAACAACCUUCAAAAAACUGAAUGAAUUCAAUUUUACUUCAGCCUGUCAGAAAUUGUUUGAAUGAAACUCUUGGUGGUUAUCAGAAUUGUUUUGAUCUGUGUUUGUACAAAGGUGUAGAUUUUUCCGAUGUUCCUAUUUUUGCUUUUUAACGAGCCAGCACAUUUUUGGUGUUGAACUUUUUAAUGAACCUUCCGCUCUUCAAUUUUCACGGUUAGACGUCUGAUCACAAAGGAUGAGCCUGGUUUUUCUGAACCUAAAAAGUAAAGUUGCUGCUUUAGUCGUAACUACACCUCUGUCUUUUUGAAUUUUGUUGUAAAUUUGAAGCUUAUCGAGCUCUGUGCUGUGUUUGUGUUGGCUGCAGCACCACAGCCUCUCCUUCAGCUGUCUUCUUUCCAGAGCGUCCAUCAUAAGUGUUUUCCAAAUGGUGCAUUAAACUCUCCCACAGGGCUGCAGCCUUGGGCAUUCAUGUCAUGUUGGAUUAACUGCAGAUUUGACGUUCCAAACAUCCAGAAUAAACCAUCAGGCAUGUCAGAGCCCAACACAGGAAAUGUGGGACUCUCUUUAUCAAAUCAGGAACACAAGCGCUCAAUUAUCUCAAAGAUUUAAGCAGAAGUGAAUGAUUAAGGUUGAAGGUUAUUUCUUCAAUUUGGAAAAAGUUUAGGAAAAAACUUUAAAGGCUGAUGGCAUUGAAAUUGAAGACAUCUUUCAUGGUGUGUUCUAAUUAAGGAAAAGAAGGCCAUGAUGUAAUUAAACAACACAAAGAGAAAUCUCACAUCAUGGGUCAGCUAUUUUAACAAAAUGUUCCUUAACACAAUUAAAUUCACCAAGAAAAAGCUGUUUUUCAGAAUCCCUUUUUCCAUGACGUGACACACCGUGGCGCUUUACCCAUGACGGCGCCAACGGUCGGAUUUUUGUAGAUAUUUGAACACUUUGUUUUCUUUUAGUGAAUUUUCACCGUUUUUCAGCUGAAUGUGGAUUUGUUUGUUUAAGUUUUGAGGUGAUUUCUGUAGGAGAAAUACUCCCUGACCAAAGACGUCAAAGACUUUAAAGGCCUUAUUUGUCCUUCUUGACAUGAAAGUGACAGAGCUUUGCUGUUGUUGGAAAGUUGUGAGGUGGAUGUUCAUGGUAACAAUCACAGUACCUUUGUCUGGUCUCCUUUGGAAGAAGAGAAAAUAUCCAGCUGCAGUCAAAUAUCUAAAAAGGCAUAAAAAAGUAAACAUAAAAGUAAAUUUGUAUUGUUUGAUAGAUGAAAACUGACUGUGAAUGUAAAUAAUCAGGUGGUUUUGUCUGUAAAUAUGUGAAAUAAAGACAGUUCAUAACCCGA